AUGAAUAGCAUUUUUCUUAUUCCCUAUUGUUUUCUUUUCUCUUUUUCUUUCCAGCCGGUUCCUAAGCGAUUCUCUCAGAAGCCAACUAAUGAAAAUUUUGUUGAUUCUCGCCUUCAUCCAGAGGAUCAGCCAGACUCUACGAUUCCCACCAAUGUUGCACGCAUUGGGCUGCUCGGCUCGGCCUUCUCAGGACAUAUCUCAGGCAACCAUAUAAACACUUCGGAGCUAGCCGUUAAUGUCUCUAAUGGGCCAUUGGAAAUCAACUCUGUGGACCAUGUGGCUAAUGAACUUCGGCCGGACAUGCUUAUUCCGGGUAUUCAGAUUAGAUUCUAG